GCUCAGCUGUCAGUUGCCACUUCCCCAUGGCUGCUGGAGCCAGGAUAUUAGAGCCGGAGGACCUGCUCUCCGAAGCACGGUCGGGCCCUGCAGAUGGAAAAUUACCAGUCACCAAGGCGGACAUUCCCGGCAUGACCUGCAUGACGCUUGAGGUCCCGUCUGUGCAGAGCAAAGAUGCUUGGAACAGCUUCUUGCAGCUGCUUUCGCUGGCUGAUGGGAUUGUCAUCCUGCGCAUGGCAGAUGAUGCUGCGCACGACCAGGAGGGCUAUCUUGCCAAGUCUCCGCUACUUGCGGAGGUAUAUGAGAUAGUCGAGAGUCGGCCGAUGUUCAUUGUGUGCGUUUGCAAGGGGCCAGUGCGGGCUUCGCUUAUGACAUUUGUCGGCAUUUCACAACUGGUUGUGGCUACCUCCGAAGCAACGUUUGGCUUGCCCAAGUACCGACAUGACUUGCAUCCGAUGACAAGCAUUGCUUUGAAGAAAAGGCUGAUGGAAAAGGCUGUGAGGCGACUCGAGCUGGUUGGAGAUCCCAUCGACGCGAACGAAGCACAGCGGCUGGGAAUGGUGGACUUUGUGGGAAGUGAGGUUGACGUGGAGAAUGAGCUUAGCAGGCUGAUCUACAGGAACUGUUCUCCAUCAAGUCAGUAUUUCAUGUAUAAAUCCGACUUGGUCAAAGCAAUGCGUGAAAGAGAGGAGGCAUAGGGCGCUGCGAGGAUAGUAGAUUCUCACUUCAUUGGCAGAAGACUGACGUGCUGGACUU